AAGAAGUAGUCCUCUGUGACAAACUCAAACUCAUUCCACCAUGUGUCCAUGGCCAUGGCGACACCUCACCAUCUCCUUCUUCACCUCCGCUGCUAUAAAAUUACCCAGUUGCCUUAUUUCUCUUUAUACUCUCAUAGAGAAUUCAAUCAUCAAAUGUCUGAUACUUCUACCUUCCACAAGUUCGAUGUUUUUCUUAGCUUCAGAGGACUCGACACUCGCCGCAACUUGAUCAGUUUCCUCUACAAUGAACUGAUCCGAAGGAACAUUCGAACUUUCAAAGACGACAAGGAGUUGGAGCGUGGCCGGAGGAUUUCGCCGGAGCUGGUACGCGCCAUCCAGGAGUCGAGGUCCGCCGUCGUUGUGGUCUCCGUCAACUACGCUGCGUCUCCUUGGUGUCUCGAAGAGCUCGUCAAGAUCAUGGAGUUCGAGAAACAGGGUUCCAUCACCGUGAUGCCCAUCUUCUACGGCGUGGAUCCGUGCCAUGUGAGGAGGCAGAUCGGACUAGUCGAUGAACAGUUUAAGAAGCAUGAGGCUAGAGAAGAUCAUGAGAAAGUGCUUUCAUGGAGGCAAGCGUUGACCAAUUUGGCGAGUAUCUCCGGCGAUUGUUCAUGGAAAUGUCUCCUGAUCUCGUUUAGGGAAGAUGACUCGAAGAUGGUCGAUGAAAUUACUGACAAAAUAUCAAAAAGNUUAUUAUUUUUUUUUAAAUUUUCCGGAAGAAGUAGUCCUCUGUGA